UUUUUUCCUUCCAGUUUACUUUCAAUCGCCAUAUUGGGUACUCGCCUUCUCUAAUGUCUUGUCUGUUUUUCUUUAGAAUUACUACGAGACGGGAUCGGAGCCGCGCGCAUUUUUGAUGAGCGCUCGCGAUUGUUGUUGUUUUCGUUCCGCAUCACAUUUACGCGUUUGUUAUGAAUGCGCCUGGUUCACUUUGCGAUUUCUUAGGCUUGCUUUGGAGCGAUUGCGUUUAGUUAGUGCGUUUGGUUCGAUUGCGCCUACGAUUCUUGGACAAAGUUUCAUGUGAAAAAUGUCAAAAGUGCGCGUCUCUAAUGGAAGUCCGACGCUGGAACGGGUCGACGCGAGGCAGGCGGACCACAGGCCUCACGUGUGCAGAAAUCUGUUCGGAUCUGUGAAUCGCGAAGAGCUCGAGAAGGAUGUUAAGGAGCAACUGCAGGAGCUCGAGAAAGCGUCCAUGCACAAAUGGAAUUACGACUUUGGUAAAAACGAGCCGCUCUCGCCGGGCAAGUACGAGUGGCAGGAGGUGGACAGUAAAGACGUGCCGGAAUUUUACACCAGAGCACAUCAUGUCAAACGGGCUACCGGGACUGUGGAUCAUAACGGGAAUCACGAUUAUUUGUUGACAAAUCCAUCGCUUGAGAGCGGAGGGGGGGACUCUGGAAACACAGAGACUGGAAGUCAGUCUGAUUGCCGAACAGCACUGACCACACCGAGGAAAAGACCGUCGACGGAGGAUGAGGAUGUUCCUUGCCAAAGUAAAAGACCAAACGUCCAUCCGACCGAAGCGAAGCACUGUCCAGAAACGACACAUUCGGUCGAGCAGGCGCCUAGCAAAUCAGACCCCAAAACGUAAACAAGGACUUUUACGCAAAGAGAUGAAGAAGCCUAUUUUCUCCAUCAAAUACUUCAAGAGCUUUAUGAAGUAAACAGGGACAGCAAUUAAAAAAAAAAAAAAAAAGCCUAGGAGAGGCUGUAUAAGCACUGAAAUUUACACUAAAGUUUUGGCACUCGACAGAAUAUAUUUGCCUCAAAAGCAGACAAUGUAGCAGUGUGCAAUUGGAGUUGCUUCAUUUGUUGUUUUACUACCUAUGUAUAUAUUUUCAUUUUAUAUGUAGCACAUUUAAAAGUAAUAUUAAGAUUUAAAAAACACAAUCAUUUAUAAUGGAGUGUGUUUGACUUGAAGAAUUGCUGUGCAGUUUCAAAAUGUCUCACCCCAAAAUGAUCCCUCUUACACACACACACACACACACACACACACACACACACAAUUUCCUUUAAUUAAGUUUCACGGUCCCAUUAUCUCAGUUUUGGCUGGCUCAGGAUGUUAACAGUCAAAAAUACACCUUAUUGUGUAUCAGUCAAGUUCUGAACAGCAGCUCAAUCUUGGUCAUUUUUAAGUUGCACAAAUUUGUCACUGUCUGAAAAGCAUUCGAUUAUUUUUGGUCACCUCGUGUGAUCUGGCUAAAUUAAAAAAAAUAAAAUGAUAGUUUUGAUAUUUGCAUUAAAACCAUUGAAGAUAUUUAUUGGACCUUAAUAUGAAUUUAUCUAUCAGCACAUUUGUGGUGGUGUGUUCCUCUAUGAAGGGGUUGUGACUCCAAGUGUGUAUUAAGGUUUAUAAAAUAGUUUAAAGUUUUCAUGGUUCUUAACAGUAUUAUUAUAUCCCUGGGUUAUUCCACUAUUUUUAUUUUAUUUUUCCAUUUUGUUCUUUUGGAAUAAUCUUAUAAAUUCUCAUGAACUACAAAUCAUACUUUGUACACAGACAUAAAAAAUUGCAAAUGUAAUGAACAAUGAAUUCCCUUUUUUGUCUGUUUUUAUAUUUCUAUUAAUUGCUGUGUAGCAUAAUGUUUAUUUUAUUAUAUAUAUAUAUAUAUAUAUAUAUAUAUAUAUGUAUAUGUAUAUAUGUGUAUUUUUUUUUUUUUUUCUUUAACUGGGCCAUAUAAUUAAGAACAAGUCCACGAAGCCAGUCCUUUGCCACAAUAUAUUUGGCUUUCAUGUUGAACAUGACAUGGCACUAAGACAAAAAUAUGCAUAAACCAAUGACAGUAAAAAAUUUAAAGAAAUAAGACGUUACACCGCAUGUGUGUAAAACUUUGAAGUGUAUCUGUGCAUACAGCUUUGUUAAGAAAAAAAAAAAACAAAGGAAAAAAAACACUGAGAAAAUUAUACUAACUUAUUUAUGUCAAGCUUUUUGUUGUUUAUGACUAUCCAAAGUGGCAUUUGUGCAGUUUCUGUAUGUACUUCUUUUUACAAGUUUAAUUUUUUUUUCACAUUUUGAAAUUUGUGCAAGGUUGCAAACUGAGCCUAUUAAAAUUUUGAUGUGGAUUGUGUACUGCUUUUUAAAUGAGAUGAUUAAAACAUGAGAUUUACACCUUGA